AUGUUUAUUGAAGCACAUCAUCAACAACAGCUUCCGUAUCCGGAUGAUUUGACGACUCUUGCAGCAGCUACAAAAAAAACCGGAGACUCUUGGACGAUAGAUCAAGAUGCGAAACCUGAACAAACUGUGCUUCAACAAGAAGCCAAAGAGCAACACAGAAUUGCAAUCUUCAAAUAUGAUUCGGCCUUGUGGGAAUACAGAAACGAAGGGAAUCAAAAUCUAACGAUCAGUUCACCAUCGUUACAAGAAGUUAUCCGAUUGAGGAAGGGUUGCGAGUAUGAGAGAAGUUAUGAUUCUAUUGUUUCAAGGAGUCACGAGUUUGCGCGCACAGUCAUGUUGCCCGUGCUAACACCAGCAAAUAGGAAAGUUCCCUGGGUCCAACCGGGAGAUUUGGUUGUGAUUUCCCCUGAAGAUUUGCGUUUGCUCUGUGCCGAUGUUCAAGACUCAAGACCCGCAUACCGGCGUCAUAAAAAUCCCGGUUGUGUCUAUGCGACGAAAGCGCCUGAUGUUACCGGAUUUUCCCCACGAUUGACUUCCCCGUAUUCGAUUUUUAGCUUUGAGAUCAAACCCAAGCGCGGAUUCUGCACGAUGCGACACAUUGCUUUUGAUGCAGUUACCAAACCACCGAUGAUGAUUUGCCGUCAUUGUUUGAAGCAGGCUUCAAAUGCUGCUUUGGUUAAUGCUGUGGUCGGCCAACGUGAUUAUCUUUUUCAACCCGGAGAAUCCCGUCUAAGUAAUCAUUCCUGCAUACCAGAAGAUACUCCAGUGCGCGUCACAGUACCUGGAGGUCGUUCGGUGAAACCUGAAGAACCUCGUCACAAGGAAGAUUCCUCAAAAAGUUCUCAAGCUGUUGACGGGAGACCUUCUCACAUUUCUGACACUCGUGUGGAAGAAGUGAUUGAGUUGCCUGUUACGAAUGGCAGCACUGUCCGUUCGCCUUUUGGAGUUGCGAAAUGUAAUGGUUCAAGCUUUGCCAAAAAUGGCCAAGAUUCAUUUUCUACGACGACGGAUUUCUUUUCUCGGUCUUCCGCUAUUUGCGAUGACUCUGAUCUAGCUUCCAACUCGACUCCAAAAUAUUGCCCGCUGCGUUUAUUUUCUGGUCACUGGAAUUCCAUGUGUGAUGCAAUCCGAAGCUUGUUAUGCGAUCCCCGAAAUAACCUCAAGCUGUUCGUUGACGGGAAACGAGUGCCUUUCGGUGGCAAACAUUCCAACUGCUAUCUCACUGCUCCGGAUUGGGAGCUAUUCCUAGCGCAUUCGGUGCCGCGUGAUGUACCCGUUUUACUUCAUCUCACCAAGCUGCUCUUCACGGCUCUCACAGAACCAGGCACAUCGAGUAGCGUCGAGUUUGACGAAUCGCUUGGUUUCGAUGAAGAAUCGAGCUGUCCUUCAAACAGAAGUGGGUGUCGGGCUGUGAAUUGCGCCGGAGAGAAGUUCUUCGAGGUGGCAACCGCACUUCCGCCAAACUGUGUGUUGGGACGCGUUCUUGGGGUACAAAUGUUGGAUGUGAAUGGGGCAGUGAGUUGCAAGGAAGCUCUGGAAAAGCUACGGGAAGAGGAUCUGUUGGAGUUGGAGAAGCUUCUCGCCGAUGGUCCUUUUUCGAGUUCCGUGUGGCAGAAAGCUGUGUCUUGUGCCAGUUCGGAAUUGACUCACGGUGUGGAGACAGGAGGUUCUUGGAAUCUGAUUCCCGGGAAUAAUGUCCUGAGCCAUCUCCUUGAAAAAAUCAUGCGGUUUCAGGUGUCGGCUUCUAGCGGGGACUGCUCAGUGUUCUGUACUUUCCAAAGGAUGCCGCCAGACUCUGACUGUGAGUCGCUUCAGAAGCAAAACGGUAUAUUUCUUCUGAAAGCCGACGGAGUAUCCUAUGCUUGUCGAAUCUCCAUUGUUGACGUGGACCCGAAAUCACCUAGUCAUGUUUUCAAAUACGUCGAGGACGCGCAAAAGGGAUUCCAAGCUCUAAUUGACCGAGGAAAUUCCGGGUUCUGUGGGAAACUGACUUCCUUGCGGGUUUUUGUAGUGUUUCGGUUCGCGAAGCAAGUGAUGGGUAAAUUCAAAAAGCUCAAGGUCUCACGGCGUGAAACACAGCCGACUCUCGGUGAACAGAUCAGGCUUGAGAAAGAGGUCAAAGCGUCAACCAGAAUCAAGGAAAGAGUGCGACAGGAUGAAACCGAGUUCGUUGAGCCGACGAUUUCGAGGUCGAUUCUAAAAGCAGCUCAAGAACAACAAACCGAAAUCGCCCGCGAGGAACUUGUCAGUGGAGCAGGAAAGGGUCCGUUGUUGCUGCCAAAGCCACCUGUUAUCUGUUCUGAUGACGACGAGUCGGACGAUGAAGCGUCGGAAGUUGGUUCUCUUCCCGACAUGGACAACAUCAAAAUAUCCGAAGAUGACGAAAAGGCAUUCAACGUUUUCAUGAAUAAAGAAGCACCGGCGAGAAGAACAAUUGCCGAUUUAAUUCUUGAAAAGUUGGGAGAGAAGAAGGAUGAAAUCGCAUCCCAGCUGAGUGAUGGAAGAACGAGGAUCGAGAAAGACCUGGACCCGAGGGUUGUGGAAAUGUUUCGCGGAGUCCGAGAAGUUUUGAACAGGUAUCGAAGCGGUAAAUUGCCGAAAGCCUUCAAAAUGGUGCCGAAAUUAUCAAACUGGGAGCAGAUCCUUUACCUCACUGAUCCUGAUGGUUGGUCUGCGGCGGCCAUGUACCAAGCUACUCGGAUAUUCGCUUCUAGUUUGAACGAGCGCAUGGCGCAGCGGUUUUACAACAUGAUUCUAUUGCCACGUGUUCGAGACGACAUCGCGGAAUUCCGAAAGCUCAAUUUUCAUUUGUACCAGGCGCUGAGAAAGGCACUUUUCAAACCAGGGGCGUUUUAUCGUGGCAUUGUUCUGCCAUUAUGCGAGGGCGGAGAUUGCACGUUGAGAGAAGCAAUCAUUGUAGGCAGUGUUUUGGCAAAGAACUCAAUUCCGGUCAUCCAUUCGGCGGCUGCGAUGAGCAAAAUAGCAGAGAUGGAGUACAACGGAGCGAGUUCGAUAUUUUUGCGCAUAUUGUUUGACAAGCGAUAUGCUCUACCUUACAGAGCCAUUGACUCGGUUGUAGUCCAUUUCCUUAGGUUUCAGAUGGACACCAGAGAGCUCCCGGUAUUGUGGCAUCAGGCUUUACUGACGUUUGUGCAGCGGUACAAGGAAGACAUUUCGAGUGAACAGAAGGAGGCAAUCAUGGAUCUUGUGAAAGCUCACUGUCACCACAAAAUUGGCCCCGAAAUUCGACGAGAGUUGAUUCAUUCGAAGUGUCGAGACAUUGAAAGUUUCGAAUAUUCAGAAGGCAGUGAAAGGAUGGAUUCAUAAACGGUCGUUUAAGCUGGAAUA